CAGUAGCCCUCUCUCUCUCAUUCCUCCCUGUGCCGGCUAGGGAGACACGCACUUACUGCUUUUCUGCCUGGCUGCUGGCUCGACUCCAGCAUAUCUCUGUGCCUCUCGUGUGUUCUCCUCCCCCCUCCAGCCUAUGUCUACCCCCCCUAUGGGUUUUCUUGGCCAGCCUGCUUCCCUGGCUGUUGAUGCUGCUGCUGCUGCUGCUGGAGCAGUGGAGCUGCUACACCGCUACCGCUCUGCCUCGCUUGUCCUCUCUGUCUUGCGCCUCACACUCUGCUUUGCUGGAUAAUCACUACUGAGUCUGCCACCGACAGCGGCAGAGGACAACUGCUGCAUUCAGGGAACAACUGGACAAGAGAGAGCUGCCUGAAGGAAUUCAUCCUACUCUCUUUCGAGCUUCCUCCCUCUGUUCAUUCCUGGGACAGAGUGCAGAGGAGGAGAGGAGAGGGAGGGUCUGAGAGCAGGACUUCAGACUCUGAAUUCAGCUGCACAGCUCAGUGUCCCACCUUGCUCCAGAGGCACAUAAGUCAAACACACAGAGUCACUGGCAGACGGGAAGACAGACUGACUAGGACGCACACUCUGAACACACAGAAGACAGACAAGACCCCAAACAGACAGACAGACAGACAGACAGACAAGUGGGGACGGUGUCAUGGCGUCAGUGGACAGCAGCGGUUCGAGUGGUCGGCUGAGAUCAGGGGAUCUACUUCACGCCGGUUUGGCAGUUGCUCUGCUGCUGGGUGUGUGGAGUGUUGGUGGACUGGAGGUUUCAACAGGUAAAGUGUCUUCAAUUGAAGCAAUGAACGGCUCCACAGUUCUGCUGCCCUGCACCUACUCCUCCUGUAUUGGAAUCAAAAACCUCUACUUCAACUGGCAAUAUAAUGACAAUGGAACCUUAACGAAGUUAUGUGAAGCAGAUAUUCCUAUGGAGGGUGCGGAUCCAAGGCUCACGGUGAGCCAUGACCGCGUGGAGUUUGUCGGCUCCUCAAAGACGAACAACAUUUCCAUCCUGCUGUGGAACAUCACCUUUGAAGAUAAAGGAGAGUACAUUUGCUUCGCCAGAAACCCAAAAGAAAAGAACCGCAACCAUAGUGCUAUCUUCACUCUUAGAGUGGUGGACCAAAUGAAGGAGGUUGACAACACCUUGACAGUCAUUAUUGUCUCAGUGGUGGGUGGAGUCAUUGGCUUAGUUAUCAUUGUCAUGGUGAUAAAGGCCUUGGUUGUUCACUUCCUGCUGAAGGGUGAUGAGAAGAAUAAAGAGUGCCUGGUGAGCUCCUCAGGGAAUGACAACACAGAAAAUGGACUUUCAGGAGCCAAAGCUGACAACAAAGGGACACCAAAGGCUUGAGCAAAAUGCAACGUAUGUCUGUAUGUUUGUAUAUAUGUUAGACAAAUGUACACGCUCAGAGAAAAAGCUGUUAUCAGUGGACUGUUUUAUCUUACUAGUGGCUAACUAAUACAACUUGUAAAUGUCUAUUUUAAAUCAUGCUUGAGAUUUGGGAAGUGUGCACGGGCCUGGAUCACUCCCUCGCCUAUAUGGCAGCCCAUUUGUUGUGCAGACUACAGCCUGUGUUAUUGAAUUCUGCUCUCUGACUUACUGAGUCUUUUAAGAUAGACUUAAAACUCCUUUAAGAACAUUAUGUUUGUGGUUGAAGCUCAAGUCUCAUCAACCACUAUAAGUCAAACCUGGACCCAAGCAAACCUGACCAAUGGGAACACACUCACUCUGGUGCCAUGAUAAAUUGCCAUAAUCUAUAAACUGCCGUAAUGCCUAUUGAGGUAAAUCCAACCGUGAACAUUCAGUCAUUAUCAAAUGAAGUUAGUUGCAAACAAAACAGGCAACAUUUUGCCCACUUCUGCUGCCUGUUUGUAAAAUGUGAUUUUAACUUCUGGUCCUGAACAAUCCACCGUAACCUCUUUCAGCUUGAGAUUCCAUGUUUACUGUUGGGUCCAGGUUAGACACACUGUUGGGUGUUCCUCAACUGCUAAUGGGAGAUUUUAAGUGAACUUCUGACUAGUCAAGGAUGACAACUGGGCUUUCCUAAGGUGACUGAGAGAUCCAGCUCUGCGCAGGUUUUAUUGUUUUUGCUUUAGAUAAACACAGGUGCCUGUUCUGCUUCUGCUCCCCUUGCUGGUGGGAGGAUAAAAACACAGAAAAUGUAUAAAAAAAACAACCCUAACCCUCAUCAAAGACAAUCCCCUGACUGCCCAGCUCCCUAUAGAAAGGAAUGAACUUAACCAUGCUGCUUCUGACUAAUAACCAAUGCAUUUUUAGCAUGUGCGCAUUUUAUAUAACUUCAUAUAUGUUGCACCACAGUACAGGAACAUUUCUGUGCGUCUCUGUAUAGUCACGUCACAUCAGGAGCUCUGUCAAUGUCCCUCCCAACAUUGCUAGUGCUUAGUUUUACCCCCUUAACAGGUCAGGGUGAUUGAAAAAUAAGUUAUUAUAGUGGCGUGCAGGUAUUAUUAGGGAAGUACAAUUGAAAGACAUUUUACAGGUAUUUAAAAUGAAAGAAUGUUUUAAUAACUAAGUUCAUGCAAUUGCACAUUUCAGUUACCAUAACUUUAUGUCACAUCAGCAGGAUAUCCUGUUCUGGUAUCCAGGUACCAGUUUCCCCUCAAUAUUUCCACACUUAGAGCACCUCCAAGAAUGUCCUGCUUAAAAAUGAUUCAAAACAUCAGUGGAUUUUCAUGCUGGUCCUGAAAGUAGUCUUCACCUCACAAAUAUGUAAUAUUGGCUAAUUUUUCCAAAUUAAAACCAAAGUAUAAUAUUUCUGUUUCAUUUGUUUUAUUAGUUUUUCUUUGUCUACCUUCAGGUCUUGUGUGAAAAUCUACUAUUGAAGAAUGAAAUGUCAAAAAUUUUGAGGGGUGCAGAUACUUUUAAACAGCACUAUGUAUGUGGACUGCACUAUACACACUAUAACUUCAAAAAGACACCUUAACAAUACAGCACAUAUUUGUGACUGUGUUAUGGGUACACACACGGAUACAGUCUGAGUAGUGCAGGUGAAGAUCACUACAAAAGAAUGUAAAGACACUGUCCCUAAAGUGUUCAUUUAAAUUACAAACAUUAUAUCCAGUAUAUUACACAAAGAAGUGUAGUAAAUGUUUAUUUUAUAUUAUUCAAUUUAUAUUCUAUUAUUCUACAAAAAUCUACAAGUAGCCAACACUGGUGCUGCAUUUACAUGGACAAUAGUUUUUCCACCUCCGUGAAAUAAUUCACAUUAAAUAUUCCAAUUUACGAUAAUAUUUACAUGGACUUUAAACAAAAAUAUCUGAUAUAGAUAUAUACUGUAUGAUUACAACAGAACUUUACUGACAAGGAAUUCAUUCAGGAGAAGAGGAUGACUAAAUGAGGCCAUGUUAGGGCUCUUUUAUUUUUAUUACCAUCAUGUUUAUUCCAUGCAGGUCAGAUAUGCCCGGAGAGAAUGUAUUUAUUCCAACCAGAUCAAGCAUUUACAUGAAUGUUUUCCAAAAAUUCAGAAUGGGAAACUGAUCUAUGGGGUGUUUACUUGAGGUAUCCUUGUACAAAUUGGGCUUUUAUUACAAAUUUUAAUCAAAUAGUAUUGCCCAUAUCAACACAGCAACUGUUUUACUCAGCCCAGAGUUCAGAUUAGCAAACAACUACGUGUUGUGACUGUGUUUAAAAUGUUUUUUAACAGGUGUCAAAAAAUUUGAUAGGUGUCGUUAAGACACAUACAAAAUACACAAACCUAAAUGGUGGAAUGUGCCCAAUUACACAUUUUUAAAAGAAAGUAGUAGAGUAGGGAAAACAAAAAUGGCAUCACAUCUCUUCUUCACUCUGAUAUUAGCCAGGGACGAUGACUGUGUGCUAAAAUGCACGCAGAUAAACUAGAACCCCCCCUCUUAGCAGCUUAAAGUUCACUUCUGUGAAGCUGGCAGCCGCACACAGACACACGUGUACUCACAUUGUAAAAGCCACUUGAUACCAGAGAGAAGUACACUGGCCUUGCAUACAAACAAUAGAGCACUUUGGUAGGUGUUGUUAUCGGUGUUCAAAGUGGCUUCUUAAAACAGGAAAUCAUAGAAGUGACCUCAUGUUGUUUGUCAUUUUCAUUGAGUACCUGACAACAGCACUGUGUAGAAAUGGUUUUACAGCAGAGUACAUGUUGUCUCAUUUGAACGGAGCUCUAUGACUAGAUUUUAUUUUAUUUUUGUAAUGGUUUACUUCCGUCAGCCUGCUGCUCUCUAAUACUGGAGUGCAUUUCACUUCUUGCUUUCAGUGGAAGCAAUAAGACAGACAUCAGAUUAUGCAAUAACCUGUUAUAAGGCACUUUAUAGAAAUGUACAGGCUGGCUGGCAAACCUGUCUGUCCAAGGCACUGAUCAUUGUACUGAUGUAUGUAUCGACACUACACAAAUGUAUUUCAGGUGGACUAAUGUAUCGACAUCGGGAUCAUAUAUCCAAGUUAGACAGAUUUAUCUGCACUGGAUCAAUCUACAUUAGGUCCCAUUUACAAUUGGCAUGAAGUUCUCUGAGCAGAUGGAUGAUAUAUCAUGAACUCGAUCUCCAAACAACGUGAUAAAACACCUCGGGUAUAUUAGCCCUUCUGCACCUCAUUGUUUCAUGAAACUUGUAUCUGGUCUGAAUUCUGAUACAUUUAACCCUACUGUACCUAUUUUGAAAGUCUGAUGUACGGUGUCCCUGAAAGCUCAACACAAUGUACUUUAAAAAACAAAACAAAACUCACAAGUAAUGUCAGAAACCUUCUUCAGAAAUCUGAUAAGACCUGUAGUGCUUUGAAAAGACGGUGUCUAUUUGCAGUGCAUAGCAUUGCGUUGCUCUUGGGACUACGGUACUAAUGAUUUCCAGAAAGACUGACUGAAAUCUGAUUGCUAGUUGGCAUAUCCAGAAUAGACAUCUGUUGUGUUAUACAUUGCAUAUUUCUGCGUUUAAUAUACAAGGGGUGACCGAUAUGUCCAUGGCCUAAGAUAGAUGCCGUCAAUUUCAGCCCCCUCCUACAUUUACAGACUUCUGCUGCCGUCAGAUGUCAUCGUGUCUACCAGCUCAAGGGCAUAGACUCUAUGAACAGCCCCCUCUUGUGGUAGCCGCAACUUUAAAAAAGGAAAUACUGUAUUUCUGGAAAGGUCAGAGUUCACGAGUUGUGACUUGUUUGCUUAAGUUUUCAGACACGAUAAAACUUUGAAGUACCGUGUCUGAUGAAAAUGCUGGUGUUCCUUUGUUGGUGUGUCCCCGUGGACGUGCUUGGAAAGUCGGUGGUGUUCGUUUUCUCAUUUAGUGCUGGGAAUUAGAAAUGACCCCAAAAACCUUCCAGUCCUCUGGAUAAUGACUCAAAAGAGCUGAACUGCACGUACAUGUAGAGCUCAUAUCUGUCUACGUUAGGCCAUGAACUUAUAAUCCUCCCUCGUCACAGAAACUCUUUUUACAAGCAUACAAGUCUUGGUAGUCACAAAGGUCUUGCAGAGAUGGAUGCAUUUAUAAUGUGGACGAGUGUGUCUCAGACUACCCACCGACCGGCAAUCAGAUUUCACUCAAUAAACACGUACAAUGCAGAUACUUUGGCAGCAGGAAACAGCACACUGUAAAAUGGGUCAUACAUUGGUUUGAAUGUUGCUCACAUGGACAAUGCCAGUGCUCAUGAGAUUUGAAAUGGAGUUUUAUUGUUGGCUCUACAUGGCUUCUAGUAUGAUCUAUUUUCAUAGAAGGGACAAAAUGGUUCAUUCGUGCUGAAGGAGUAGUGUCACAGCUACUAACAUUGUAGUGUCACUUUACAUUGUUAGAAGUCAUAUGUGAUGUGAAAAUGUGAAUGUUGUGGAUACAAGGAAGCACUACACACACGCACACACGCACACACGCACACACACACGCACGCACACACACACACACACUUACACACACACACCUUGUCAAACCACACGUGGCGAUCCCUCUGUAAGGAAGGGGCAUGUAUACAUCCAAAGUCUUCCUAUAGGGAAAAGCAAUAUUGUGAACUUAAUCUGUCUGUUAGUGUACUUUCCUUACCCCAUACCUUAAACACUCAUAUAACAAAGCAAAUGCAGAUGUUGGUUUCAUGUAGGGAUUGUGAUGCAUAACUUGAACAUGUAUAUUCGUGGCCACAGUUACCAUUGUUUUUGUUUUUUAGUGUAAUCCUUAACGUUAUGUUUUAUGUGAAGGUCAUUAACUCUGCCUGGCAAAUAACAUCUUAUUUGUUCUAAGUUUAUGAAAACUAAAGAAUAAGACAAAAAAAAUUCACUAUCAAUGUAAAUACAGUAUGUAUAAAUAUCACUACAAAAAUCUGACAAGCAAAAUAUAUUUAUGAUAUGGAAAUGGGGAGGGUGUAAGGGUAAGAAUGAUGUGCCAUUUUAGUGAAGGCUAAGCAUACUGUAUGACUGACACAUAAAAUAAGGCCACCGAGUUUAAUUAAUCCACAUUUAAUUGUAGUACGGUUCACGGCCCUGUGACAUUUAGAAAAUAGUUAUGAAAGCAAGAAAAGCACGGACAGUUUUAGCUGUUUAAAAUCUACUUUUGUUUUCUCCUUCUGAUCAGUCUUGUCUUCCUCCAAGAAACACCUGUCUUGAACCUUGCACGACUCUUGAAGUCAGCCACCUGCUUGCAGUGACUGCUGCAGUACAGAGUAUGCACUGUACAGAGCUGAGUGCUCCUCUGCAGUGGCGCAAUACAGCACUGUAAAUACAGUAUGAGUGCCACCUUGUGGUAAAGGCACACAGCCAGUCGUCUCCACUUCAGCACAUCUAUUGCAUUUUAAUUAGAACUAGACUUGCAUGAUUAAUAAACCGCAUCAUUUAAAACCACAGCUAAAUGGAACUGUGGGAUAAAAACAGCGCUGUAGCCUCCAUAGUUGAAACAACAAUACAUCACAUAGUACUGCAAUUAUUGCUACAGCUUCAUACAGUGCAACUAGUUAAAUUCUUUAUAAAAUACUUUAAUCCAUAUGCCAAAUUAAAGGAUAUCUACAUCUAAUUAGGCAAUGUUUACAUUAACAAUUUGUACAAAUGUUGUGAGCUGACAGCUACAGUGAGCAUUACUACUGCAACAUAAUUCAUUAAAACAGCUGUGUUGGGAUUUCUGAUUGACCAAUAUGAUUCCUUAGAGUUAGUAUUGCUCUUACUGCCAGGGCGGCUGAAACUCAUACUGCCAAUCCAAGAGUCUCAUGUCUGCUGUAGUUACAACUCUAUUACAAUAGCACACAACUCACUUAUUACACUUAACUCUCCUAAGAUAUGUUGUAUUGCCGUCUGCCUCUGUAUUAAUGGCAUUUCAGUACUAAAUUGUAAGUGAUAUCGCUCUGUACUACUUGUGUAUUCCUAGCAGCUGAAACUCACACUGCCAAGCCAAGAGUCCGUCAUCUGCUCUCCGCCUCCCACAUUCCACACCAGAGCUGUAAAGAUUAGUCAGUUACUUGAUUAGUCAUCAGAAAUUAAAUUCAUUGGCAACUAUUCAACUAUCAAAAAAGCCUAAAUUUGGAUGGUCCUAUGCUCUGAAGUGCGAAAAUGUGCUGAAGACCACAGAAUCACUGACAACUGAAUCGAUAGUUGCAGUUGCUCCGUACCACACAGAUCAAACGAUCAAACCACUGAUCUGAUGAUGGAUGACACGAAACAGGAGACGCAUGCACUUAUUCAGGCACCAAUGACUAUUUGAAUUUUGACAAUUAUGAGAUGGUUAACUAUGAUCAAAUUGUUAGUAGAGUGCAUGACGUAAUCUAUUACAAUAUGAAAGUCCACGCCUAGUAAACUGCCUCUUGUAAUUGUGCGACAGAUUUUCUAAGACGUAGGUUAGCUAGAGGUUUGAAUUAUAUGCACAGGCUGACACAGACCUCUCCACAUUUUCACACUGCAGUCCUGCAUUUUAACUCUUUCUACAAUAUUUUUACAUAUCUACACAUUUAAUCUUGAGCUGUCUUAGCCCACUG